AUGCUUCGGCCUACCCUGCGGUUUCUCGGGAAACUCUGGAGAUCCCGGCUCGUGAAAUGGGUCCUACGCCUUGUGAUCUUCUUGACGUUGCUGGAACUGUGCCUCGAUUCUCUAGCUUUCUUCGGUGUAAUAGACCUGGAGAGCUGGCUUGAGAAUCUCGAGAUAGACGAUGACCUUCCGUACGAUGCUAAUCGGGCCGGUACCAACCCCUACCGAGAUCUGCCCGCUAACCAAGCAGUCCUCGAUACGAUCAAAGAAGUCGCGUACAUCUCGGACAUUCUAAGAGAUACGUUUCUUCCGACAUCUUUGCCGGAUGAUGACUACGCCCUGUGCUCUAGCUACCUACGAAGUCUUGAGACGCGCACUGACAUCUCAUGGCUCAUCCUGGAAGAGACGGGUAUUGAUCAAACAGUCUCCGCCAUAUCCAACCGUGGGUCGCGGAGAAAGCCUAUUCCAGAUGAGCCCUUUUCACUACACGAGCGCUUCAAGGAGCUGGACCGGCACUGGCAGGCUCUUCAGCUCGGUCCGGGAAGGCCGGAGAGGUGGGAGAAGUGGUUCGACGAAACGUAUCUUCCCCCACUGCUCAAAUCAAAGCCAUUGGAAGGCACGCAGGACAGCGAGCCGUUCCGAAUUCAGUUCACCCCUGAGCAACAGGCUGAUGCAGACGCCCAGUUUGCUAAAUAUCUCAAAGACCGGGAGCGGAAAGUAUCGUAUUUCAAGGUCCAUCCGCCGAGACCGUUAGGCUUCGCCCCGGUGUCGAGUGGUGAUAAUGAUGAUGGAAGGUUGCGUCGUGCCUGGGGGACUCUUUUCUCAGACGGUGUUAUAGAAGCGGGACGGUCGAUUUCAUCAGGCUUGUUUACCCAAAACCCGACUUUUAGGCCUAUUUAUGGAUCUUUAGCGACGGAAUUGGUUCCGUUUGGCUGGGUCAGUCCUGCAGAGAAAGAUAAGCCAGCAAAGAGUGACGAAGAUCGCGAGAGAGAAAUAGAUGAGAUACUAGCUAAGAUGGACAAACGGGAAGAAGAAAGAGCUCGCCGGGAGGAGUUUCAGCAGUGGUUGGUUAAGGAGAAUGAACGGAAAGAGAAGGAAAGGGCAAAUGCUGAGGGACGUUCUCUUAACGAUGAACUCUGA